AUGGAAAAUCAAAUUGGUUAGAGGGUGCAUUGCUUAUAGCAACCUUUGCAAUUAUGGCAUUAGCAUUUUUUUUUAUUUUGAUUAGUGAUGAAAUCCUUACAGUUGGUAAUAUUAAGCAAUUUGAAAAAAUAGUUGAAACUUAUCCACAAAAUACCGUGGGUAUUAUUGUAACGUUAUCUCAAAAAAGAAGCUCAUUCAAUAGUUCGAAACGUGCAAAGUCUACAAAGUCUUCAGCUAGUAUUUUAUUUACGAGUGUUAAUGAAAUGGCAACUGAUAUUCCAGCAUACUUUUUAUUAAAGGAUUAUCAAUUUGAUUAUCAACAUAAACUUAUCGAAAAUUUUGAAAAUUUUGAAAAAAGAAUUAUAAUCAUGUUAAUUUUUUUAUUACUGAUGAUGGGAUAUUCAGCUAGGUAA